UGCAGCCUCCUCCCGGCGGCUCUUCCUCGGGGCUGGGGUCCUUCCUUCCCCUUGGCUGGCUCGGGGGCCAUGGGGAGGCAGCGCCGGAGCCGGGACCCUCCUGCCCGGCUGGUGCUGCUGGCUUUGGCGCUGGCUUCGGGCUCGGCGCUGCUCCUGGCCUCGCUCAGCCUCCUCCUCGCCGCCUGGCCCCGAUCCGGAGCCCGGCUCCUCCAGCAGGAAGCCCCCGCCGCCCCCAUCCCGCAGGAGCUGCUCUCGGAGGACGAAGCCGAGGACCUGGCCCCGGUGGCAGUCUCUACUGGCUGGAACAGCCAAGGGAAGUUCCUUCACCAUCUUGCCCAGCAGGGGGCGCUCCGGCAACGAAGGCAAGCUGGCAAAGGGAAGCGCUCCAGACCUCGCCGGCCCAGCGCUGUCUCUGCCGCGCACUACGAAGUCCAAAGCACAGAGGGACGAGCUGGGAUCCAGGCAGAUGCCAAUGGGACCAUCCAUGGAUGGGCAGAAGCCAAACUCAAUACCACGAGCCCCCUCCGUUACGACCGGGGCCGGCGGGAGUUCACGGUGGUCAAGAGGGGCCUCUAUUACCUGUAUUGCCAGGUCCAUUUCAAUGAAGGGAAGACCAUUUACAUGAAGCUGGACGUGAUGCUGGACGGGGAGCUGGCCUUGCGUUGCUUGGAGCAGUUCCCCCCGACCAGCUCCGGACCCCAGGAGCCCGAACUCAAAGUGUGCCAAGUCUCCGGCCUGGUUCUGCUGACCCCCGGAGAGUCCAUCCGGCUCCGGACGAUCCCCAAGGUCCGGCUGAAGGCCGAGCGCUACCUCACCUACUUUGGGCUUUUCCAGGUCCACUCCUGCAAGUUGGCAGGCCUCCAUGCUGGGCGGGCAAAGCUGGUCCUUGUGAUGGGCUUCCUCAAUUUCUUGCGCAACCCACCCCCUGCUUUCCAUGCCUCGCUUGGCACCAAGCAGGACAAGGAGCCCUAUCUUUCGGCCAUGUUAAGUCCAACCACGUUGUCUCCAGGACUUAUGGAUAAAUUUCGGACGGCGCAAGGAUCUGCUCAGCCCCCUUCUUUCUUGAAUGCCCUUUGGGUGGUGGGCUGUGCCCUCGGCAUGGGGCUGCUGGCCGGCCUCUUCUCCCUGGUCAGCAUCCAGUGGCAACUGGACGUCUUGCGAGGAGAGAUUGCGCAGCUGCGAGGAGAGCUGGCGGCGGCCAGAACAUCUGAGCAGAAGGCCUCACCGUUGCAGCAGUCUGGAUUUAUUUCUUUCCUUCCAGGAAAACAGUCCGUCCUUCAUUUAAUCCCUGGCCAUCAUUCUAGUAAUGAUGAGGAGAAUGAGACCGAAAUCUGGUGGGAGCCCUUCCUGCAGAAAGGCCGGGCCCUGGAGCUGAGCGGCCGGGAUGUUGUGGUCAAACAAAAAGGACUUUACUUUGUUUACAGCCAGGUACUGUUCCACGACCCCACUUUUACGAUGGGGCAGGUGUUGUGGAGGAUGGCUGUGGGGAGGCCAGAUCAAAUCUUGUUCCGCUGUGUCCAGAGCAUGCCUGCGCACCCAGGAAAAGCGUACAACAGUUGCUAUAGCGGAGGAAUCUUCCACUUGCAACACGGAGACCGCUUGAACCUACGUAUCCCGCGAUUCAACGCUUCUUUCGAUGUCAGCGCCCAUGGGACAUUUUUGGGGCUGCUGCGCUUAUAGGGUCCGCCACUUUGGUGUGAUCCAUAAUGGAAGGAAAUUGGGACAAUCACGCCUAGGCAAAGCUGGAAGAUCCUGGAAGCGUCUUGAUGAAAGAACGGCAGUGUAGUUUUUCUAAGUACUUUCCCAUGGAACCGACAAAAUCUCAAAAUAUGGAAGAUGAGAUUUGGAACAUAAAUAGCGAGGAUCUUGGACACAAAGAUCCCUUUCCAGGGAUCUCUUUUCCUUAAUUUUCCAAUAUUUCAGCAUGAUUGCUUCUGCUGCUUCAAUUGAGAGAGGACAUACUGUAUGACACUCAUUUUGAAUUUUUGUAUUCAGCAAGGACAAAGAAAUAAUACCAUGGGUGCAUCUACACUGUUUAAUUAAUGCAGUUUGAUACCGCUUGUGCUGUCGCACGCUGGGCCUGUGCAUAAGACUGUAGACAGGACAUAAAUUCCGUGUGCCCAACGGGACGCCGGGGCUGCCUCAGAUUAAAGGCCCUUGGAUUUCCUUAAACAGAGUCUUUAGAUUGCUUAAAGGCUCAACAAAGUUCUUUAUUAAUGAAAACAAACAGGUACUUUAAGGCUUUCUUAACAGUCUAUUGGCUCUCUCUCAAUCUUGUCCACAGGGAACAGGCACUAUCUUCAUAACUGUAAUUUAACUGAUGGGGAAAUCCUUAACUUCUAAUCUGGGCAGUCUGUCUUUGCCUCUGUUGGCGUGGAGCCCCUGCACCCGGUACCAACUGCUUCUGGCUUCCGCGAGUGACCCUUACCAAGCAGAGCUUUGUAGACUUCCAGAGGAAAAAGGAGUUCAGGUUUCGGUGAUGGCUGGCUGAAGUCCCUCAGCAAAGGAGCUGUAAGGCUG